GUCACAUCAAUCGUUCACAUUGCCACUUUGGCUGAAAGCCGAUUUCAAUCUUCUUUUCAUCCUUAAUUUUUUUCCGUCUUCGUGCUCUGUGGGCAUCAGCAAUACUUAAUUCUUCGACGACGAUGCAACUUCAUCUAUUCACAUUAACCUUCCUGUCUCUUUUCCUGCAAAUACUGGCGUCACCGAUCCCUCAAGACUCCACGUCAUCUGGACGAAUAACGCAUUUUAUAGAACGAAAACCAAGUGGAUGGAAGGAGAGAUGGACUAAUUUUCUACAAGGCGUAGUGGAUCUCAUCUAUAUAAAACCUCCCGUUGACGACGGAAAAGAUAUCUUUUUAGAACGUGACCUCGAAGGAUCAAUCUAUAUCUCAGUUCCAGGUCUACCACCUCCUGAAUAUAGCUUGCGCACUCCGAAAAUAAUAGGUGUGGAUGAGCAGAGAAGAUUGGUCAUGAAAAUUGCAGGAAUCUAAAAUGCUAGACGUGUCGCCAUCAACACUUGAUCCGCGUAAAUUUUCAUAUGGUCCUCUGUAUCAACACAACCUCGACCAGUCACAAUAUGUAUUCUAAUCUAUUGCUCAUCAAUCAACAUCAAUUCAACCUACC